AUGUUCUACACUCUACUCAAGAUAAAACAACGAAUUCUGAGAGAAAUGAAAAUUUUGUUAAAAUUGUACUCAAAUUUUGUGGUCAAAUACAUCACAUCAUGGCCUGAGUCUAACCAUCUGUACAUUCAGAUAGAGUUGUGUUCGCAAAGUCUUAAAUCCGUUCUCAAAGACAAAGCCAUUGUUUUCGGGCGACAACCGGAAAACCCGAUCAAUGUUUACGAGUAUUUCAUUUGCUGUGAAAUAUUCACCGAAAUUCUAGAAUGCGUUCAAUUUCUCCACUCAUCGGAUCCGCCGGUCAUUUAUCGAGACCUAAAACCCGAGAAUAUAUUAAUUGAACACAACUUUAUGUCAAAUCGAUUCAUAAAAGUGUGUGACUUUGGUUUGGCCACCGAUCACGACAUGCCAUCCAUGAGCCACACGGCAGGAGCGGGCACUUCAGCUUAUAUGGCACCAGAUGUACAUCACCACACUCUAUGUGCUCCGGGAGACGGCCAAAAAAGGCGCCAAAAUCAACUUAUGCAUAAUGAGGCCAACAUUAUUCAAACCAGACUAAACUCCAUUAAGUUAUGGCUCGAAGUGGCACAGGUAAUGACAAUAUUGGCCGAACUCUUGCAAACAAUGAACGCCGAAGAGCAGAAACUGAGAACACAAGUGACAAGCAUAUGUAAAAAAGAAUGCGUGGCUUCGAGACGAGUUGACAAAUACUCAGCACAAAAUUCAGGACGCGGUUGA